AUGUCGUCCCAAACCAGUUCUUCUGAUCCACAGCCAAAACGCCAGGGAAAGCAUGUCACCACCGCCUGUCUUGGCUGUCGCAAGCGUAAAAUCAAGUGCGAUGGUACGAGCCCACGGUGCUCCAACUGUGUCCUCUACGGCCAGGAGUGCGUCUUCCAGCACGGCGUGGAUAAGCGGAAGAUUGCGCCCAAGGAGAGAUUGCAAGCCCUGACGAGCUACUGUCAACAACUCGAGUCCUUGCUCAUUGCCAAUGGCAUAGAUGUGCCGCCUCCACCACCGCUCCAUAUUCGAACCGUCUCAGCGGCGCCAUCAUGGCCGGUCGAGGCGUCUCCGCCUCAAAACUUCCCCUUGGGCAUCAGCGAGCCCGAUUUUGGCAUCUCAGAAUGGCCUGGAGAAGACGGGUACGAUGGACAACCUGCGUCGUCCAUGACGGGAAAGCCUCUCGGGGAUGGCUACUUGUAUCCGGAGUCUUCUCCGGACGUGCCGGGAAUCGACAAUGCAAAUUCUGAGCUCAAAGCGACAGCCCCGAUCCCCAAUGAAGACACUUUGCUCGAUCAAUUGUCCGGGAGGAUGGGUUCGUUGCAGAUUGCCGAGGACGGACAGCUACGGUUUUAUGGUGCCACAUCCAACUUGCACAUCCUCCACAACGGACCACUAUCUUUGUCACGAUCAAAGUUCCGCUCCCCCUCUGAACAGGGGACUGAAUUGCUUAAUGGAGGAGGUGUCGGUCAUUUUGUCGACGAAAGCAUUGAAGAUCACCUCUUGCGACUGUACUUCACCUGGGAGGAGCCCUCGAUCCAUGUGGUUGAUGAAUCCGUGUUCUGGCGCGAGCGACUGAUUUGCAAAGGUGGAGGUCAAGUCAGUUCCUUGUACUCGGAGGUGCUGACGAACGCAAUGUGCUCUGUUGGAGCGAGCCUAACCUCCAGGACAUAUCCUCACUUACCUGAUCCUCUGCCGGACUUCUUUGCCACCAGAUCCAAACUGCUUUUGGAACUCGAGAUGGAUGCUCCAACCCUGUCGACUGUUCAAUCCCUGGUCAUUCUUAGCGCCGUCGAGGCCCUUCUGACGAGGGAUGCCCGUGGCUGGCUUGAUAGCGGAAUGGCUGUCAGACUCGCUGUUGAUCUAGGUCUCCAUCUUGAUCCAGAGCCGUACGUUCAGGCCGGUCUCAUCACGUCUGAAGAAGGGAUGGUUCGCAAGGUGAUAUGGAGUGGAGUCUUCGUCCACGACAGGAUGUGGAGUCUAUACGUCGGCAGGCCCGUCGCUCUGGACGACAAGCAUAUAACGGUACAGUUUUCGGCCGAAGAAGCUAGCGCGGGUCGGGUCCAAAGGUUCUGGACCCCUUACGAUGACAGCGGAGCAUUAGACCUGCCUCGCAUGGUGGACUCAAUCGACGAGCUGGGCAUCUGGAACGUCAAAUUAUGCGCACACAUGACCGCGAUCAGGGAGACGCUGUACCCUGACGCCAUGACGGGCCCAACCAACGCCAGACAGUUGUUUCAAUUUGCCAACCAGAUGCGCGAGAGGUUGUUGGGCUGGCAGAGAAGUCUCCCGCCCAGCUUGGCUGUCAACAACCUGGACAAGCGGGCGCUAUACCUUCCGCACGUCCUUCAACUUCACAUGCAAUAUCAUAGCAUCAUGAUCAUCACAUUCCGCCCGUUCUUCGCCUCAAUCAAGACUCUGCCGGGUCUCACCACCACUGAAAUUGCAGCCGGCCGCAACUAUUGCACGAGCUCGGCCAAUUUCGUGGCAAGGCUAAUCCAGACUUAUCGUCGCCAAUAUAGCCUCCGAAGAAUCAAUGUUCAAGCAGUCCAUCUCGUCUUUACAGCGACGUUGAUCCACGUGUUCACCGCUUGUGCGGCAACGGACCCAGUGCGAAGCAACAGCGCGUGGAAGAAUUUGGAAAUCUGUUGUCAAGCACUGAGUGAAUUAGGACUUGCCUUCAAAAGCGCUUCGAGAGCACUGGAAGUGAUCAUGGGCAUCAAGAGUGAUCUCCUCCGCAGGUCCAAGUCGAAUAUCAAGCGACAGAAUCCAUGGAGUGACACCCAAGACGCCGGACCGGCGCCAGCAAAGAAGCGGCGGCCCACCAAUGCCGAAAGCGACCUGUUGCAGACGCACCAAUCUCCACAAAGUCAAGGCAGCUCCGACUUUGGCCUCAAUCUGAGCGAGGCCGACCCGGCGUUCAACUUUUUCGACACUUCGUACGACGACUUUUCCCUCGAAACUCUGUUUUGGGGUGGCUACACCAAUCUCGAACUACCUCAUUCUCCGCCCCGAGAACCAUGA